AUGAAUAUUGACCUCAUACGCGCCGAUGGACGGCGAUGGGACCAGGCCCGCAGUGUACGCAUCACGCCCGGAUGCCAGCCCUUCGCCGAAGGUUCCGCCAUGAUCGAAAUGGGCAACACGACGGUCCUCUGUGCCGCGUCGGUGGAGGAACAGGUCCCCCGGUGGAUGCAGGGCCGCGGCUCGGGGUGGGUGACCGCCGAAUACGAUAUGCUCCCCCGCGCGACAUCCUCGCGUCGAUCCCGCGACCGUGAUUCCGGUCGCACCGCCAGCCGGUCGCAGGAAAUCCAGCGCCUGAUCGGCCGCUCGUUGCGGGCCGCCACCGACCUGAAAGCCUUGGGCGAGCGGGCUGUCUACUUGGACUGCGACGUGCUCCAGGCCGAUGGCGGCACUCGUACCGCCGCGAUCACCGGCGCGUUUGUCGCGCUGCAACUGGCCCUGGAAUCGCUGGUGUCAGCGCAAAAGCUGGACUCUAUCCCGCUGGUCUGCUCCAUCGCCGCAAUCAGCGUCGGCCUGUCAAACGACAACCUGUUGCUCGACCUGGAUUACUCGGAAGAUUCCACCGCCGAUGCGGACUUCAACAUCGUCAUGACCGACGCUGGUUCGGUGGUCGAAUUCCAGGGCACCGCCGAGGGCAAUCCCUUCCCGCGCCAACGGGUCGGCGAAGUCCUGUCGCUGGCAGCCCGGGGCCUCGAACCCCUAUUCGCGGCGCAGCGAGCCGCGCUGGGGUGA